AAUCAUCCAAUGACUCCGCUGGUAUUCAUUCAACAUACACUCACCAUCCACAUGAUAAUCAAGAAUUUGUUCUCAGAAAUUACACCUCAAACAUUCUAUGUCACGUAGUCUGUAUUAACACAACAAUAUUCGAUAACCAAUCAAAGUCAAUGUGUUAUGUGUUUGUCAAGAUGAUAGACACUUUGUAUGGUGUACACCAGGUGUACUAUGCCCUCACAAUAACAGUCAACAUAUAUUUUCAAUCAAAUGAUACAUUAUCAUCUCGAAUAUAACUAAUACUCUUCAUAUUCUCAUCACCUGUCAUCAUCUAACAAUUGUUUCAAAAUGCAGAAUGUUGCAUACUACAUUCUAUGAAGGAUUUAUUACAAGGAACUACUGACAGAAAUAAUGGUUUACUUCAAAUCAACAUCAUAUCUAAUGUUCAUGAAAAAAUCCCAUUUUAAAUUUGUGUUGAUUGGAUUUCCAAUCAUUCUAUUCAUCACCAACAUGAUCAUUCCUGUAAAAUAUGAAUACCGACCGUUUGGAAGUGUUUAUCAAAAUUUGGAUAGAAAGUUGACUGAUAUUUGUGAAGCAUUUUUACACACAACACCGAAUCAAAGCUUUGCACAACAGUAUGCGCAUUACUCAACUCAUAGUCAUCUUUUAUACAAAUGGAAUACUUUCAAUGAUUGUAAAGUCUUUCAAGACUCCUUGAAACAUUUGUCAUGGUCCAGUAGAGAGGAAUCAAGUUAUCCAAUUGGAUUUGCUUUCACUGUCUACGAAGAUAUUGAACGUGUAGCUCGUCUUAUACGUCUUCUCUAUAGAUCGCAUAACUUGUACUGUAUACAUGUGGAUCGUAAAGCUUCAGAUGAAUUUUAUCAGUCAGUAAUUGACCUGGCUAAUUGUUUGGGUUCCAAUGUUCAAGUUAUCACUCGUUCAGAUAGUGUUUCAGUUCAAUGGGGUUAUUUCUCAGUACUUGAUUCAUUUCUCAAGUGUACUCAGUUAAUGCUGAAUAAUACAAAAAUCAAAUGGAAAUAUGUUCUGAAUGUGAAUGGAAAGGAAUUACCACUACGCACCAAUUGGGAGUUGAUUAAAGCUUUGAAAUCGUUGAAUGGAGCCAAUGUAAUUGGAGGUACAAUCAAAAAUGGACCUAAGAAAAGGAUUCCUCUAAGAAAACCUUCUUUUCACGUGACAUGGAUAAAAGGAAGUUUUCUGGUAGCUUUACGUAGAGAAUUCGUCAAAUAUGUGCACACAAAUCCAAAAUCCAUUGAACUAUUAACUAUCCUAAAAGAGGAAGAACAUUUGAAAAGAAUUCCAGAUGAAAUGUUUUUUAGUACACUGGCUUAUAAUCCACAACUUGGAGCUCCAGGUGCCUGUAAGCAAUUUCAUCGAUCCAAUGAAAAUAAUGACAGUCGAUCAACAUUUGUAUCACGUUUUGUUAUCUGGAAACCAAAAUAUUGUGCAACAGGCAAACGCUAUCAUACAAUAUGUAUGCUUGGUGUACAACAUCUUUAUCAGUUAACAAAACGUGAAGAAUUCUUUGCAAAUAAAUUCUACAAAGGUUUCUAUGACACAGCAUAUGAUUGUUUAGAAUAUUGGAUACUGAAAAAGAUGAAAAAUGAACGUUUAACAGGUAGACUUGAUUCAACAACAUUCAAUGCUACAUUCUACUCUGAAUUAUACUGCUCUCAACAGCAUAUCUAAUACAAUGUGAUGAUGUAAACGAUUAUUAUUUCAAUAAAUAUAAACAAAGAGAAGUUAGUUCA